AAUGCACCUAGUGUGAUUAGUCGGCUACGAUAGAGAAAGUGGGCCGAAUCCGGUUGAUCCGGCCCACUUGAGAUGAACAACCAAACUUCAGAAAUCUAACAAACAAUUAUAUUAUCAUUCACAAUUUCACAUCGCCUACGCCACUGCCUGCUGGUGACUUCGUUUUGGUUUUUGUGUUUGAGAUCUGUAACUGCAAAAGCUAAGGAACAAAAAAAAGGUUGGAAACAGCAAUGGCGGCAGCAGCAGCAGCGACGCCCGACUACUUGUUCAAUUUGAGAAACCAUUUCUACUUGGGAGCUUACCAAGCUGCCAUUAACAACAGCGACCUCCCCAAUCUCUCCCCUGAAGAUGCCAUCGAACGCGAUUGCCUCGUCUACCGAUCUUACAUCGCUCUCGGCAGUUACCAGCUUGUGAUCACUGAGAUCGAUUCCUCUGCGGCUACGCCUCUCCAAGCUGUGAAGUUGCUCGCGCUGUAUCUCUCUAGUCCCGAAAGCAAGGAAUCUACAAUUGCAAGUCUAAAGGAGUGGUUGGCAGAUCCAGCCAUUGGAAACAACCCGAUCCUCAGACUGAUUGCAGGAACUAUAUUCUUUCAUGAACAAGACUAUAAUGAGGCCCUUAAACAUACUAACGUUGGAGGGACUAUGGAACUUAAUGCAUUGAACGUCCAAAUAUUCAUCAAGAUGCACAGGGCAGAUUAUGCAGAGAGACAGCUUAGAGUCAUGCAACAAGUAGAUGAGGAUCACACACUGACACAACUUGCAACUGCGUGGCUCAAUCUGGCAGUGGGUGGCUCUAAGAUUCAAGAAGCAUAUCUUAUCUUCCAAGAUUUCUCUGAGAAAUAUCAGAUGACCAGUUUGGUUCUGAAUGGGAAAGCUGUUUGCUGCAUGCACAUGAAUAACUUCGAUGAAGCUGAAACUCUGUUGCUUGAAGCACUUAACAAGGACGCUAAGGAUCCAGAAACUCUUGCCAAUCUAAUUGUAUGCUGUCUUCACCUUGGCAAAUCAGCCUCUCGUUUCCUCACCCAAUUGAAACUUGCACAUCCAGACCACAUCCUUAUCAAAAGAUCGGCAACUGCCGAAGAGAGCUUUGACAGAGCAGUUCAGACAGUUGCUUGAAGACCGAGGUAGAAUGGUUUCAUUCUCAUGGAAGAGAGGACCUUUGUCAUUACGUUGUCUUAAAUCCUUUGUGGGCAUUUUUCAUUUUGGUUUUGUAAGCUUAGAAUAUAAAUUUGACAUGUUUAUGGCACAUUCAAAAUUUUACCCAAUCCCAAGUAUUCUUUUUUCUCUCGUUGUUGGAUAAUGUACUUCAUAUAAUAUAUCCCAGUUAAAUUCAUAAA